AUCAAUUUACGACUCAUUUCUGCAUCGAGUACACCUCUAUCUGUGUAUUUUGAUGACCAAAACAGCACUACAGGGAGCGAGUAGUUCUGUGAGGAAAACACGACCUGAGUAUUUGUUUAUAUCUCUCUGCCACCUUCAGUGAAAGACGAAGACAGUUUGUUGAAGGACAGUGAGAAGAUGAGUGAUCCAGAACCCUGCCAAAUUAAACAGGAAGAGACUGAAGAAGAAAUAGCUCUGCCACCAUCAGUGAAAGACGAGGACAGUUUAUUGAAGGACAGUGAGAAGAUGAGUGAUUCAGAACUCUACCAAAUUAAACAGGAAGAGACUGAAGAACAAAUAGAUCUGAUGGUGGAAAAGGAGAGUGAAGUACUAAGUGAAGACGAGGAGAAACAUCAGGUCACAAGUGAAAUCGAAAGUCACACAAAGACGGAACAUAAUAUUUUAAUGAAAAGACCAGCUAUAAAAGGCUUCACCUGCACUCAGUGUACAAAACGUUUCAGCCACAAAUGUGAUCUGAAUCUUCACAUUAGGAUCCACAAUGGAGAGAAACCUUACAAGUGUUCACACUGCAACAAGAGAUUCAAUCGUUCAGGACACCUGAAAACACAUGAGAGGAUCCACACUGGAGAGAAACCGUACACGUGUACUCAGUGUGGGAAGAGUUUCGUACAAAUAUCACACCUUAAUCAACACAUGAUUAUCCACAAUGGAGAGAAAACAUACACAUGUGAUCAAUGCAGCAAAACAUUUCCCAUUUAUUCAGAGCUGAAGGAUCAUCUUAAAGUUCAUACCAUUGAGAAGUCUCAUUCAUGUCCUGAAUGUGGAAAGAUUUUUAUAUGGCAGUCAAGUUUAAAAAAACACCAGAAGAUCCACACUGGCGUGAGAGAGUACGUGUGCUCCGAGUGUGAGAAGACUUUCAUUACAGCUGGAGACUUGAAACAACACCAGAAAAUUCACACUGGAGAGAAACCGUACAUGUGUUCACACUGCAACAAGAGUUUCAGUCAUGUAAAACCGCUGAAAGUACAUGAGAGAAUUCACACCGGAGAGAAACCGUACACGUGUAUUCAGUGUGGGAAAAGUUUCAGACAAUCAUCACACCUUAACGAACACAUGCUGAUCCACAAUGGAGAGAAAACGCACAAAUGUGAUCACUGCGGUAAAACAUUUCUGAGGCCUUCAGAGCUGAAGAAACAUCUCCGAGUUCAUACAAAGGAGAAACCCUAUUCAUGUUCUGUGUGUGAAAAGAGUUUUACGCAGCAGUCACAUUUAAGUCAGCAUCAGAAGAUCCACACUGGUGUGAGAGAGUAUAUGUGCUUUGCGUGUGACAAGACUUAUAUUACAGCUGGAGACUUGAAAAAGCACCAGAGGAUUCACACCGGAGAGAAACCUUUCGUGUGUUCAGACUGCAACAAAUCCUUUAGACAUUCAGGACACCUGAAGGCACACGAGAGGAUUCACACUGGAGAGAAACCGUACGCAUGUAAUCAGUGUGAGAAGACUUUCAGACGACCGUCAAACCUCAACGAACACAUGAUGAUCCACACUGGAGAGCGUCCACACAAAUGUGAUCAGUGCUUCCAAACAUUUUUGAGGCUUGCAGAGCUGAAAAAACAUCUUAGAGUUCAUACGAAGGAGAUCCCACAAGAAAGCGUAUUACACAUCCAUGACAUUUACCUUCCUGAAAACUUCACACCGUAUUCACAAACAUCAGAUUUCACAGUUAAAUAUGUCGACUAAUUCCAAUAGUUUAUAAACAGGGUGGGUGUGCAUGCUCAAUCAGAAUUAGGAGAAUCUCUGUCUGAUAAUUACAGCUACAUAAUUAUAUGUCCAGCAAUGAAGUGGGAUAUUCAUAUAUUAGUUUUUUGUAUUAGUUUUUUUUUAGCCAGCCCCAAAAUGUCCAGCUGGUGGCGCUUGAGAUGCUUUAGUGGCACAGCUUUUCCAGAUGAUUUGUAACCCAUGAUCGUAACGUAACACUAGUGUCUAAUAAUGAAAAAGAUUACUGAAUAAAAAAUGUAGUAACCAGCAAUAAUAACUUCUCCUAAUAUGUGUUCAGUCAUCGGUCUCUGUAUUAGUCCUGCCCUGACUAGACAGAUGGGGAAAAAAUUAUUUACAUGCAUCAACUAAAUAUGAUUAUGAGAUUUUGUCAAUGUUGCUAUUAAGCUUUACCUCUUUUAAACACAAAACAAUGAUGUGAUUAAGCUUAUAAUCACUGCAGGCUAAGUCUUAUUAACAAAAACAUGCACCUAAUGGCAUUAUUGCCACUCUGACCAAAGUGCGCUUGUGAGGGUGACAGUACAGGAAUAUGUCUACCAUCAAUACAUUUAUCAUCUAAUGCACUGAUGGGCAACUUCAGUUCAGGAGGGCCACUGUCUUAAUCUAAUAACAGAAACACCUGAACAAGCUAAUCGGGAUCUGUUUGAUUAGGGUUGGAGCUAAACUCUGCAGCACAAUGGCCCUCCUGGACUAAAGAUACCCAUAUGUAUCUGAUGAUUUUGGGCACGUGAAGUGUGCUUUUUUAAAUUGGCUUUUAUGGUUUCAUACACCGACUGCGUUCCAGUCCACUUUUAGACAUGCACUUGCAAACUUCCCUUCCCUUGGGAGAAUCCCCAAUGCCAUUUUGAAUUGCAUUGCAAUUUAUCAAGUGAAUGAAGGAAGCUUGCAUGGACAUAUGCUUGAUUCCUCGUUUUUGUCCAAUGUUCAAGUGUCCACUUCAGCACCUACAAUUAGGACUAAUUAUUAUAAUAUCGACACAAUUCUAAUAUUUUUGGCUCUGUACAUCAACACAAUGGAGUUGAAAUCAAACGAAAAAGAUUUGCUUCAACUGCAGACUGUCAGCUUUAAUUUGAGGGUAUUGGCAUCCAAAUCAGAUGAAGGCUGUAGGAAUUACAACAGUUUGCAUAUGUGCCUCCCACUUGUUAAGGGAUCAAAAGUAAUUGGUCAAUUGGCUUCUAAGCUGUUCCUUGGCCAGGUGUGUGUUAUUCCAAUUACAAUGAGCACAUAAAAUAUCCAGAGUUUAUUUCAAGCUAUUUGCAUUUAGAAUCUGUUACUGUCAACUCUUAAGAUGAGAUCCAAAGAGCUGUCACUAUUAGUCAAGCAAGCCAUCAUUACGCCGAAAAAACGAAACAAACCCAUCAGAGAGGUAGCAGAAACAUUAGGCUUGGCCAGUGAGCUCAGAAACACCAAAAGACAACGGACACAACUGUGGUGGAUGACCAAAGAAUUCUUUCCCUGUUGAAGAAAACUCCCUUCACAACAGUUGGCCAGAUCAAGAACACACUGCAGGAUGUAGGUGUAUAUGUGUCAACGUCAACAAUCAAGAGAAGACUUCACUAGAGUAAAUACAGAGGCUUCACCACAAGAUGUAAACCAUUGGUGAGCCUCAAAAACAGCAAGACCAGAUUAGAGUUCUAAAAAAGCCUUCACAGUGCUGGAACAACAUCCUAUGGACAGAUGAGACCAAGAUCACUUUGUAGCAGAGUGAUGUGAAGAGAAGAA